CGUCCCUGUGGUCGUAUGUUUUCUUUUGGUUUCUAUUUCUCUUCUCUCUCUUCUACCACUAUCCUAUUCUUAGGUUUGCGUCAUCUCUUGUCCGCUGUUGGUUGAGAGCGAUGUCAAUCUUCAUUCACAUCAUGACGUCAUCUCCCUCCCGUGGCCUAUCAAGUUCAACCUACGAGUUUAAAGGGAAGCGGGAGAAGAACGCAAGACAGCUUUGUUUCUUUCUGUGUGUUGAUUGCCGCUUGUAUGUACGUUAUUUUUCUGUUACAGACAUUACUCUGUUUGUUUUGUUCUGCCUUGAUGGCGUGUUUUGAGGUUACUAAUUGUAACGUGUUCUGCCUUGAUGGCGUGUUUUGAGGUUACUAAUUGUAACGUGUUCUGCCUUUGAUGGCGUGUUUUGAGGUUACCAAGAGUAAUUUGGACAGGUAAAAUGUCACGUGACGUACAUAAAACAACACCUAGUAAACUCGAUGUAUACUACACCAGGUAAGAGAGUGAAUGCCACUUUUGUAUGUUUUGUUAUUAGUUAGUGUAGGUAGAGAGGGCGCUUUGCGCUGAAGAUCUUUGUCUUUUAUUUUCUUUUUGUUAUUAGUGAGCUAAGAGGUUGGGGUUUAGUUAAUUGGUGUUUGUUUUGUUCCUUUCUUUUAUUUGGCUUCACUUUAUGUCCUUAUACUCUAUUAUUAUUAUUAUAUUUAUUUAUCUUUGCAUUAAAAUAUCAUUUGUCAAAUAAAUCAUACUUUAUAUUUUCACAACUCUGAGUAUGGGUCGUCUCUUGCCAUUAUAACGUGCACCAUCUCCUGAUCACAACCUCAAUGUUGCCCCUUUCAAACAAACUUGUUUGAGGGUACGUAACAUUUAAUGGGGGCUCGUCCAGGAUCUUUUAUCUCAAGUUAAUUCAGUUGUGAUCAGUUGUAUGUGUGUAUGAUAGUGGUAAGUGACGUUACGUUUAUUUUUGCGGUUUAUUCAUGCAGAGCAGUAUUUUUGUACUCGUUUGCUGGUUGUGCAUCAUGGAAGUGUUUAGCUUAAAAAAAUUCAUUGCCAACCCGUCUUUCGAACAGAUUAGUUCUUGCAAGAAACAAGAUUUAGUUCUGAUAGCUGACCACUAUCAGAUUGAGGUGAGUAGACAGACCCUUAAGAGCGAGAUACAAAGUAAAUUGAUACAUCGUUUAAAAGAGAUUAAUGUUCUUCCUGUGUCAAGUCCUGUGGGUGAUGAGGCUGGCGGAGGUGCAGAGGUGAGUGUUGGUGGGAGUGGCGUUGCCGUGACAAAUCGCAGUUUUGUGGAUGAUGAGGAUAAACGGAGCGGUAGAGCUGAUGCUGAGGCGGAGGUGGGGGCCGAUGCUAAGGCCGGCUUGCCACCGUUUGAUCCAUUCUCUCCCAGUUCUGUUGAUUCCAGAGAUGGAGCGCGACUGAGAGUCCGCUUGGCCCGUUUGCAAUACGAGGCACAGGAGAAAGCCCAGGCACGUCAAGCUGAGAUAAAUCUGCGUUUGGAGGUACGCAGGCUUGAGAUUGAGGCAGAGACUCAGGUGAAGCUGAGACAGCUUGAUCUGGACGCAAUGAAAAUCGCUGCCGGUUCAGCUGUGCAGUCGACUCCAGGUCCAACCUCUGAUGUUCCUCCGCGGUCUGAUUCGUCCCAGGUAACGUUUGACAUUAGUAAGUACAUUUCUUUAGUACCUCAGUUUAGAGAAUCAGAGGUUGAUUCGUAUUUCAGUACAUUUGAGCGCAUAGCUACUUCUCUUCGAUGGCCUAACGACGUCUGGUCUCUAUUGUUACAAUGUAAAUUGAUUGGAAAAGCUCAAGAAGUCUGUUCUACUUUAUCUCUAGAAGAAAGUUUAAAAUAUGAGUCUAUGAAGUCCGCGAUACUUCGUGCUUACGAGUUAGUCCCAGAGGCUUACAGGCAGAAGUUUCGUGGGCAUAAAAAGAAUUCGGCUCAAACAUUUGUGGAAUUUGCUAGAGAAAAAGGAAUCUUGUUUGACAAGUGGUGCACAGCUAGCAAAGUGAGUGAUUUUAAUGAGUUAAGAGAACUUGUACUGCUCGAAGAGUUCAAAGGGUGUUUACCUGAUCGUGUAGUGGUCUACCUAAAUGAACAGAAAGUAAUUUCGUUGUCUCAAGCAGCUGUGUUAGCGGACGAGUUUGUUUUAACCCACAAAAACGUUUUUGCACUUGCACGUCCAGAGCGAUCACAAUCUGUUCCUUUGCAAAACCCACCAGUCCGUCCCAAACACAGUCCAACUCGUACGAGAGAGGAUCGUGAAUGUUUUUACUGUCACAAACAAGGACAUGUGAUCGCAGAUUGUCUGUCUUUAAAACGCAAGCAGCAGCCUAAGAGCGUAGGGUUUGUGAAGACUUGUAAGCCGACUGUCAGUGUACCUAGAGUGGAGAAAAUCGAUGACAGUUAUCAACCUUUUAUCUUGAAAGGGUUAAUUUCUCUAAAGGGAAAUUGUGACGAACAGAAAGAAAUAAGAAUGCUCAGAGACACCGGUGCAAUGCAGUCUUUUAUUGUGGCAGAUAAAUUACCAUUCUCUGAGGACUCUUUCUGUAAUUCAAGUGUGAUAGUUCAAGGCAUUGACAUGAGUUGUAUUACUGUGCCAUUACAUCGUAUCCACCUGCAGAGUGACUUAUGUACGGGAUUUGUAAGAGUGGCAGUACGUCCUUCUCUUCCUGUCCAGGGCGUUGAUUUUAUCCUUGGAAAUGAUCUAGCGGGGGGGAAAAUUUUGCCUGUGUUAGAAGUUGUUGAAAAGCCAGAUGCGUUCAGUCAAUUGGAUGUGUCACAUACUUACCCUGAAGUUUUUCCCGCAUGCGCUGUCACCCGCGCUCAGUCGCGUAAAGUGGGUGAUAUGGUUGAUUUGUCUGACUCUGUUUUUAUCACUCUUUUUUCUGGUGACGAAUUGUGUGCCGGUACGUCGCCAAAAAUAGAUAAAUCACAGACAGAGGUUAACAGAGAAAAUGUGUCUGACGCCGAUGCGUUAAAAUUACCCGUGUCACGAGAAAAAAUUAUUACUGCACAAAAAGAAGAUGAGUCUCUCAAUGCUGUUUUUAAUUCUGCCGUCUCUCUUGAUUCAGUUAAAGAUCAAAAAGUUGCUUACUUUCGGGAGAAUGAGUUAUUGAUGAGGAAGUGGUGUUCUAACACAAAUGAUUCAGAGUGGAAUGUUGUGUACCAGGUGGUCGUUCCUUUUCCUUAUCGUAAACAUGUGUUAUGUUUAGCGCAUGAUCAUCAGCUUGCAGGUCACUUAGGAAUUACAAAGACGUAUGAUAGGAUUCUGAGACAUUUUUUCUGGCCAGGCUUAAAGAAAGAUGUGGCUCAGUACUGCCGUACUUGUCAUACGUGUCAAACUGUUGGGAAGCCGAACCAGGUGAUUCGCCCCGCUCCUCUGUCUCCCAUACCAGCUAUUGGAGAGCCGUUCGAGCAUGUGCUCAUAGACUGUGUUGGGCCAUUGCCUAAAACUAAGUCGGGUAACCAGUUUCUGUUAACCAUAAUGUGCAUGGCCACUAGAUUUCCGGAAGCAAUUCCAUUAAGGAAAAUUACCGCGCCUGUUAUCAUCAAAGCAUUGGUGAAAUUUUUUUCUACUUUCGGUCUUCCGAAAAUAGUACAAAGUGAUCAGGGCACGAAUUUUUUAUCAAAACUUUUUAGACAAGUACUGGAGUCGUUGUCAAUAUCUCACCGAGUCUCAAGUGCGUACCACCCACAAAGCCAGGGCGCACUUGAACGGUUUCACCAGACACUUAAGUCGAUGCUGAAGAAGUAUUGCCUGGAAACUGCUAGAGACUGGGACGAGGGAGUUUCCUUAGUAUUAUUCGCUGUAAGAGAGACUGUACAGGAAUCUCUUGGUUUUAGUCCAGCCGAUCUCGUAUUCGGACAUCAGCUGAGAGGACCUUUGAAAGUUUUUAAAGAUCACAUUUUGAACAGUGUUCCGGGUCCUCGCACUAAUGUACUGGAUUAUGUCAGUAAUUUUCGAGAUCGUUUGCAUACUGCUUGGUCACUGGCUAAAGAAUCUCUAGAAAAUGCUCAAAAAGGCAUGAAGCGCAAAUAUGAUCAGAAAGCAGUUGCGCGUUCAUUUUCGCCUGGUGAUAAAGUGUUGGUGCUUUUACCUGUUCCUGGAUCAUCUUUGUCUGCCCGUUUCUUUGGUCCUUAUGUGGUGAAACAGAAAAUGAGUGAAACUGAUUAUAUGCUGUACACACCUGACAGAAAACGUCAAACCCGAGUUUGUCACAUAAACAUGAUAAAAGCUUACCAUGACAGGGAGAUGCCUGAGGUGAAAGCUUCAGAUGAAACUGCAGGGCCCGCGGUCUCUUUCUGUCGCAAUAGCCGUGGGAAACUGAAACCAUUUUCUGGUAUCUCAGGGGCUACGAAGGAUGGUGUCGUGCUUCGCAACGCUCCUCAGCAGUGUGCAAGGAUGUACAAUCAAAACCAGCGUUUGAUGCGCUGGGCUCUAGUACUCCAGAAUUAUAACGUGGAGAUCAAGCACAAAAAGGGUGUUGAUAACGUUAUGGCUGACGCUCUUUCGAGAGUGUAA